AUGCCACUGAGGGUGCCCCAGCAGCAUCCUCCGGGUAUGUCGGCAGGCGCCUUGAUGAGGGGUGGAAACGAUCCAGUUGCAUUGCGGGAUUUAGUGGGCCCGAACAGCCGUUACAAGUUUGACUACAAGGGUUGGUGCGGCCGAACCGCGACUCCCGUCACCGAUGGCGAGGGGUGCGUCAUUGCUGUUCUAGCAGGGCAGCCUGAUGAUCCCAGCUGGGAUGGCGUACAUACCUCGGCCGCCGACCUCUUGGAUCAAACUCGACGUGAAUGCAAUUUCUCACAUCAACUAAGGAUCGCCACUCGCACUUCGGUGGACAAUACACUUAGAGGUCAAAGGCGACGGACAGAGCCAGGUGCGAGACAAAUAGUCAAGAAGCAGGGAGCGUUAAGUUAGGUAGAUUAAACCUUAGCCAAAGCUGGGGUUUAGACCAGCUGAGGCUCUACUUAAAUACACGU